GAAAAAGACAAUAUCAAGAUGAGUAAAAAGCCUCCAAAUCGUCCUGGAAUCACAUUUGAGAUUGGUGCUCGUUUGGAGGCACUGGACUAUUUACAAAAAUGGUAUCCAUCUCGAAUAGAGAAGAUAGAUUAUGAAGAAGGGAAGAUGUUGGUGCAUUUUGAACGCUGGAGCCAUCGCUACGAUGAGUGGAUUUACUGGGACAGCAACAGGUUGCGACCUUUGGAGCGACCAGCAUUAAGGAAAGAGGGGCUGAAGGAUGAUGAAGAAUUUAUUGAUUUUAAACCUGGAGAAGAAGUCCUGGCUCGUUGGACAGACUGUCGAUAUUACCCUGCAAAGAUUGAAGCAAUUAAUAAAGAGGGAACAUUCACAGUGCAAUUCUACGAUGGUGUCAUUCGAUGUCUUAAAAGGAUGCAUAUCAAAUCUAUGCCAGAGGAUGCAAAAGGGCAGGCGCGCGAGAGGGAGCAGAUAGCGCCGGAGCUGAGAUUAGUGACGGAAAUCGAACCAAAAGAAGAUUGGAUAGCUUUGGUCAAAGCUGCUGCAGCAGCAGCAGCCAAGAACAAAGCAGGAAGUAAACCUAGAACCAGUGCAAACAGCAAUAAAGAUAAAGAGGACAGAAAAUGGCUAAAAGUCCCUUCAAAAAAAGAAGAAACCUCAACCUCUACAAUCAUGCAGGAAGUCCAAAAAAAGGAAGAGGAGCCUACAUCUAGUGACACAUUUGUAGGAUUUCCUGUAGUGGAUGUUCCAAAGAUGGCCUUUGUGCAGGCAGAGAGCACGUUAUCACACAAGAGGAAAAGUAAUCUAGGCAACUCAUUUCAGGCAAAGAGAGCUCGCCUAAACAAGAUCACUGGUUUAUUGGCAUCCAAAGCUGUUGUUGCAGAUGGUGCUGAAAAAAAGGAAGGCAACAAAGAAACAGCUCCAGUCCUGGAGCAGGAGAUUUCACCUAAACCACAAAGUCAGAAAAAAAAUGAAGCUGAUAUUAGCAGUUCUGCCAACAUUCAGAAACCUGCACUGUUAUCCUCAACUUUGUCUUCAGGAAAGGCUCGCAGCAAGAAAUGCAAACAAGAAUCUGGAGAUUCUUCCGGGUGUAUAAAGCCCCCUAAAUCACCACUUUCCCCAGAAUUAAUACAAGUCGAGGAUUUGACGCUGGUCUCUCAGCUUCCUUCUUCUGUGAUAAAUAAAACUAGUCCAUCACAGCCAGUGAAUUCCCCUAGAUCCUACAAACAUAGUCAACGGAGAAGAAGAUCACAGCGUUUAGCCACUUGCUCCUUGCCUGAUGAUUCUGUAGAAAAAGUUUCUUCUCCCUCUUCAGUUACUGAUGGAAAAGUGUUCUCCAUCAGUGGUCAAAACCAACAGUCAUCAAAAUUGGAGGUACCUGAUGUUGCUCAUGUGCCACUUGAGAAGCGUGGACCAUGUCUCCCUCUUGAUUUAAGCCGUAGUUCGGAAGUUACAGCACCAUUAUCUGCAGAAUCCACUUUCCGUAAUGAAUAUCCCAGUAAAGACAAGGAAGAUAUUCAGAUGAUUACAUAUCUUUCUUCCAAAGCAGUAACUGAUGGAAGAGUAGCUACAACAGCGUCAGCACCCUCGUCCCAUGUACAUGCCUUGCAUCUGGAAAUGCCUUUAACCAAUAAUCCCAAGUUACCCAAAGGGAAUAGUAAAAAAAAGAGGUCUUCCACAUCAGUGAGCUCUGAAGGGACAGAGAUACAAUGCUCUGUGCCCAUAAAGGAGAAAUGUUUUGAGAGUCUGAAGGAGAAAAUAUUAAAGAACGUGAUUGAGAAGGACAAGCAUUCAGAAGUUGGUGCAGCUAGAAUGGAAAGAAAAGGAAAACUGGAAGAGAAAAGUUCUUCAACAUAUGCUGCUUUGAAUUGUGUAAUUUUUAUUUCAGGUAAAAAGAAAGAAAAAGAAAAGGAGAAAAAGGAGAAGAAGGAAAAAGAUCAUAAACCAAAACAGAAAAAGAAGAAGAAAAAAAAGAAGAAAUCAAAACAACACGAUUACUCGGAUUAUGAAGACAGUUCUGUUGAAUUCCUGGACAGGUGCUCCUCUCCCCUAACGCGCUCGUCGGGCAGCUCUCUGACGCUGCGCAGUAUGUUCUCAGAGAAGAACACUUCGUACCAGUAUCCAAGAGCUAUCCUGUCCGUUGACCUUAGUGGAGAAAAUCUUUCAGAUGUGGAGUUCUUGGAUGAUUCUUCCACAGAGAGUUUGUUACUUAGUGGUGAUGAAUACAAUCAGGAUUUUGAUUCAACUAACUUUGAAGAGUCUCAGGAUGAAGAUGAUGCUCUCAAUGAAAUUGUUAGAUGCAUUUGUGAACUUGAUGAAGAAAAUGGCUUUAUGAUUCAGUGUGAAGAAUGCUUGUGUUGGCAGCACAGUGUAUGCAUGGGACUGUUGGAGGACAGCAUUCCAGAGCAGUACAUCUGUUACAUCUGCAGAGAUCCACCAGGACAGAGGUGGAGUGCCAAAUAUCUCUAUGACAAAGACUGGCUAAACAAUGGACACAUGUGUGGAUUAUCAUUUUUGAAAGAGAACUACUCUCAUCUUAAUGCCAAAAAGAUCGUGUCAACACAUCACCUACUGGCAGAUGUUUAUGGGGUAACUGAAAUACUGCAUGGAUUGCAGCUGAAGAUUGGGAUACUGAAAAACAAGCAUCACCCAGACCUUCAUCUCUGGGCUUAUUCAGGGAUGAGGAAAGAACAAGAGCAAAGAACUGUUGGGGUAGAGAAAAAGUUAGUGACUUUGCAGGAUGCUGUUAAUCCAGCUGAAAGGACGUGUCAUAGUCAAAACCAUAAAGAGCCACCCAGUAUACCCCAGAAGAUGGAUGAAACUUAUAUCACAAGUGAGCACAGUUACCAAAAACCACAGAGUUUUAGUCAUGAAUACAAAGCAGUCACUGACCCUAUGAGCUCAGAUGAUGAAGACACAAGUAGCUUUGAGGAAGAUCAGGAAUAUCACACAGAGAAUAAAAACUGUUUACAGUAUUCUUUUAAAGAUGGUGGCAUGAAUGAGCAGAAUUCUGCUGAAGGAAACACUGUGUUUGUUUGUAAUGAAAGAAAAGGCUCGGAAGAACAAGUGGACACACAUCUUCAAUGGCAGCUAAAUCUCCUCACCCAUAUAGAGAAUGUACAGAAUGAAGUCACCAGCAGAAUGGACCUGAUUGAAAAGGAAGUUGAUGUUUUAGAAAGCUGGCUUGAUUUCACUGGAGAACUGGAACCACCAGAUCCUCUGGCAAGAUUGCCUCAGCUCAAGCGACGUAUCAAGCAGCUCCUAAUCGACAUGGGAAAAGUACAGCAAAUAGCAACACUUUGCUCUGUAUGACAAAAGGAAGACUAAAGGAAAAAUAGGUUAUUUACAGUGAAUUUUCUUAUUAGCCACAAGACUGACAGGAAGACAGCAAAAAGCUGAGCGUUUAUCUGGUUCUUUGCUGAUUACAUUAAUAGUCUGAAGCUUUAGAAAGAAGAGAGGAAGUUUAGAGUCAGGAAUCUGUUUUAUUGAAAACAUGAAUUCUCAGUGUCCAGGCUUCAAAAUUAUAUAUAAUAUACUGAGAAAUGUCAAUUUCUCAGGAUUUUAACGUGUUAAACAGGUAAAUCCCCAGAUACAAGAAAAUCAACAAACAAAAACUCUUAGCAGAGCAAUGCUACUAUUUUGAAACCCCUGGCAAACAUUCCUAAAUUAGCAGAAUUCAGCUGACUAAAAAUGCAACCCUCUUAUCUUGCUAGUCAUAGAUACAGAGAGAGCUGAAUCUUCUCUACAAGGAAGGUUUUUAGACUAUUUCUUUCUCUUACAAAUGCUUGGGAAAAUGAACAUACUAGCUUUGAUUUUUGAAAAAAAUUACUUCUCAUGGUCUCCCUUUAAAAAUAUUUUUCUAAAUAGAAAUCCCUAGAACAGCACCCCUAGGCUCCUUUAAAACAGAAGUGGAAAAUAGUGGUCAGAUGUGCCAAAUAAUAUUAAAAUCACUGGGAUGAGAGUUUGAUUAUGACUUAGGCAAAGGUUUUUUCCAAAGUCCUACUCAGUGCCAGCAGUCCAUCCAAAAUUGUAUCUAGUUUAUAUUUUUUUAUGUUCUAUAGCAGUGUUCAGGAAUCAAGGUACAAUUUUUGUCCUGGGUAGCUCUAUUCUGAUGUUGGCCCUCUGAAAAUUUCACCAUCCUCAGUGAGGAUGAGGAAUGACAAGAGCAGCAAAACUGUCUGUGGCUGUGGAAAUUCUAAACCAUUAGAGGAGAAAAAAUCACAAGAUACCUUAUCCAAGUUGGUUUUAUAAAAUUUUUCAGCUUCAAUGAAUGAAAUGUCAUGAAACCAAAGGCAACCUACUUGCUGUGUUAGCUCUUGAUUUUGAGCCCAGGACUUUUCUGUGCUGAUAAGUUGCCACUGUACCCAGUGCUCCAUCUGUGUCUGUGUGUGUAUGUAUAUGUGUAUAGCUGCAUGUACAUACAUACAUACCAUACACAUCUCCUUUUAUUACUGUGGACUACAAGAACUGGUGGUUCAUAUUACCUUUUAACAAGCAGUUUCUAAAAUUGAAAAUAAUGUAUGUACAGGUUUUGAAAUUUGUAAAAUAUGACUGUUAAAAGGAGGCUAUUUAACUGAGGACAUUAAGAUACUUGAACAUUUUAUGCCUCAUGUCUGUUUAUCAGUUCUAGUUAUCUGUAUAAAUGCAUUUUAGAACGGAUAGACAGUAAACUUGAAUUUACCUUUUGAUAAGAGUACAAGCCACUGUACAUUCAAAAAUUAUUUAAAUUUGCAAACACACUGUUCUAUAUGUAAGGUACUGUAUGUAAAACUGUUUAUUAAAACUAUUCUGCAUACUCUACAUUUUCCACUUUUCUUCCUGAUCUACAUACAAAUGUAAAAAAGAUGUGAUUGUUAUUAUGUACAGACCAUCAAAAAAUCUUGGAAUGCCUUUUAAGGAUGCAUACAACUGAAAAAUGUGCCAAAGAUGGAUUAUCUGGGAAAGACUUUGCAACCAGUGCAUUGAACUUUCAUGAUAAAACCAUUGUUGAGAAAGAAAGCAGCGUGGCUGGUUCAUUGCUAAAGUAAACCUACCCUGACCUUUCCUGUCUGUCAUACCUGAAGUGAGUUAUCAUUCCUGAUGGCCAAAGCAAAAUGUAAACCCCUGUUAAUGAGCAGUUUCUAUGUAAAGAGUCUUCCCACAUCAAGCUCGUAGGAGACAUCACAGAGCUGCAUGAUAACAUGGAAUUAUGGAAUGGUUGGCAACUCCAUAAUGCAGAAAGAACAUUAGAGCUGUGGAGUUGUUGACAUUUUAUAGCAGCUGUUAAUAAAUACUCUGUUAUAUAGUUGAUGCUUAAAUAACUGCUUCAAACAUGAAUAGUUGAGUGACCUACUUGCUUUUGGAUAUGUGAGACCUUUUUAUAGACUACACUUGCUGCGUAUCCUUGAAUGUGGUACUGUGUGUACUGUAUAAGAGAAGUGUAAAUCCAGAUGAAUUACUUUGAAACAAAGUGGAGUGUAUUUACAGAAUUUAUACAGCAUACACUGUAGCAAUAUUAUGCCAUGUGUGUGCAUGUGUGUGAUGUAAUAUAAUUGUAAAUGUUACUGAAGGUGAAGGUGGACUUGGAAAGUUCAGGGGGGAGGACAAAGGUUUUAUUCUUACUACAGAGAUGGAGGAAUAGUAUCCUGAAAAGGAAAUCCUAAGGUCAAAGUUGAAGUUGCCCUUGCAGCUUUAAUGUGUCUUCUGUUUGUAUGGGUAAUGACUUCUUAAUUUACACUGAUAUGUAAUUUCACCCCUCAAGAUUCUGCCUUGUUCAGGAUGGACUGUGCUUACAAAAACAAUCUGUUCAGUAUUUUUUUUAUGUUCGUUGUGUAGUCAUGUAUUAUAAAAAUUCCUGCAAUCAUUCAUAUCUUUUAAGAAAUACAAUCUCAUUGUCCGUAUGGACCAUGCUAUGUAUGAUACAUUGUGUACUGCUUGAAUGUUUCACAAACUUGUCUGAGUUUGCUUUCUCAAGUGGUGGUGCUGGUCUGUAACAUGUGACUUUAGUUUCUGACCCCAGUUUCUCAAGUAUUCAAAGCCUUCGGAUGCUUUUGAGGUUUUUCUUCUAAACACAAGUCAAGUGCCAUAAAAAUGCUAAGUGUUUUUGCACAGAAUGUAACCUACAGUUGAUUGCUUUGCUCGUGUGCCAGUCAACCCCAGUGUGAUCUGGCUCUUACCAGUAUUUCUUCCUAGUUGGCCUUAUUGAGAGAAUCUUAUUCCUGUAGGCAUAAUUUUCCAUCUGUCUUCCUGCUUCCUCUCCAAAUAAGCCAGGGAUGUACACUCAAUCUACUUGCAACAUCAUUUAUUAGGCUGUGAAUUGUGACUGCAUUGUUUGAAGGAGGGGACAGACCCUCUCUGAGGAAAAAAUAGUACAUGGCAAUGUAAGGACUGUUUGAUAUGUGUCCACAGAAAGGCAAAAUGUUUAAAUUUGAAGCUUUCUUUUGCUGAAUAGGAGUUCUAAACAGUAGUAGACAAAAGGGAAAUGCCAUUUUACAGAAGCCUCUUGUGAUUUCACAGAACUAAAUGGCAAACUUUUGGAACCUUUGAAUGCCCAGCUUUUUGUCUGAGGUUUAGUAAGGAGUUUGUUUUUUUUUU